AUGGCGAUGACUUGCAAAGGCUGGUCCGCAGGAGGAAGCCACUGCCCCCAUACAGCACUGGAUACGUGGAGAUUCAACAGGAUAAGGCAAAAGGACAGCUUACUCUCUGAACCUUUGGUACAAGGAAUGUGCACCGACCUUCAGAAAGCUUGCGAGAGGAACUACCCUCGUGUGAGUGACUCUGAUGCUGAUGCUGAUGCUGCAAACAUUGGUGACGGGGAUGCACCUCCAAGAACUGCAGAUACACAUGAGCCUGAGCCUCACGUGACCCCAAUGUCUUCACAGGAGCCUGAGCCUCACGUCACCCCAAUGUCUCCACCAAACGGAGAAGCGACGCCAUUUGAUCAUUCGGCAGUUGAGAACCCUCGGUUCUCCUCCCCGCAAAUGGAUCUAUUUACAGUAAGAGAAGAAGAUGACAGUCCUUUCAUCAAAACCCCACGGUCUGGACUUGGAGGAACUAGUGCUACCGCUACUGGCAGCUAUGCAACACCUGGACAAAACACCCGUGAAUCUGAUCCUAACGGGUCUCAGUUCCCUUUCGGCGACGACUACCUCGAUGAAGACAUGCCAGAGAUUCCAGGCCUCAUGAACACCCCUAGCGUGGCAUCUAGUGCGGAUACCGGUGCCACAGGACUGAGCAGCAUGUCUAGUAGGACAAGGGCUGCCGCCAAGUUCUACAAAGGCAUGAUGUCCUCAGCCACAUCAGAGGACCAGCAGCGAGGGAAAUUCAGUUUGAGCAUAAUCUUGGACGGGAGGACAAGGAAGCAAGCUGCGAGCAUGUUCUUCGAGACGUUGGCCCUGAAGAGUUACGAUUAUAUUGACGUGUGUCAGGAAGAGGCGUAUGGUGACAUUUCAGUUUCAGUUAGACCCUCGCUCUCGAGCGCCAAACUUUGA